UCUGAGGGCGACUCAGUCUCCAGAACGCAGCUGGCAGUUCCAGAAUCAUGUCUUGGCUCCGGAUCUGCUGAAGAGCCACAGACGCUCGCUGCCUGCAGUCUCUUCGAAAGAGAACUCCAGAGCAAAGGAGGCCUCGAGCGUGGGAUAUGCGAGACAAGCGCGGCAUUGAGGACUUCCACAGAUUGCUGGACACUGCGAGUUGAUAGCCAAACUGAAGACCUGAUUUAACUCCAUGAACAUCUACAGUCGUGCAGAAUAAUCACGCUACACUCAGCUUCAGGAGGACACGUGAUUUACUACAAUCUUCUGGACUGUGCAGAGGAGGACUGAAGUGGGGGAAAAAGAAUAGCAUUAAAGGUGGUGGACGGUGAGGAGAAGAAGCAGCAGCCAUGAGAGCAGAAACGUGGAACCUCGGCAUGGUGCUCUUCUUCUGUCUCGCUGCCCUGGGCAGCUGUCGCUCAGGAAAUGAGCAGCUGUUGUCUAGGCGUCGCAGGGCACCAGUUGACGACACCAAAAGGUGCUCGUACACGUUCAUGGUGCCCCAGCAGAAGAUCACAGGACCUAUCUGCGCGUCAGCCACCGGGCCUGAGCCGGAAAAGGACCGAGUGACUCGCAUGGACAUCUCUGACCUGAAGGAAGUAUUGUCCAAGCAGCGGCGCGAGAUCGAGACGCUUCAGCUAGUGACGGAUGUAGACAGCAACUUAAUAAACGAGAUGAAGCUCCUGCGCAAGGAGUCGCGCAACAUGAACUCGCGUGUCACGCAGCUCUACAUGCAGUUACUUCACGAAAUAAUACGCAAACGUGACAACUCGCUGGAGUUGGUGCAGCUGGAGAAUCGGGUGCUUAACGUGACGUCGGAAAUGCUGCGCCUGGCCUCGCGCUAUAAGGAGUUGGAGAUGCGCUUUGCAAACUUGGCUGCCACUGUCAACAACCAGUCAGUGCUGAUCUCUUUGCUGGAGGAGCACUGCAUGCGUGGCUAUGGACGCCGUGAGAUUCCUGCCGUGCCGCCGCUGGUGCAGGUAGUGCCUGAGAACAUCCCGGUCAACAACAACCGCUUUACCAAUGAGAUCCAUAGGGAACAUAACAACCGAGCUUUCCCACGUGGCUCGCGCAUGGAUAUCCCGCCGACUGCUGACCCUCUGGGCAUCCCACCAGCACCACAAGGAACCCUGAACUCUGACGGCCCAUUCCGUGACUGUUAUCAGGUUCGCCAGGCGGGCCACAGCACCAGCGGGAUGUACCUUUUAAAGGUAGAGGGCAGUGACCGGUUGAUUCAGGCAUGGUGUGAGCAGGGGUUGGACAAUGGAGGCUGGACUGUCUUUCAAAGGAGAAAAGAUGGCUCGGUCAACUUCUUCAGGAACUGGGAGAACUAUAAGAAAGGCUUCGGGAAUAUAGAUGGUGAGUACUGGCUGGGGUUGGAGAACAUCUACAACCUGGCCAAGCAGGGUGACUACAGAUUGAUGGUGGAACUGGAAGACUGGUCAGGGAAGAAGGUGUACGCUGAAUAUAGCAGCUUCCGGCUAGAGCCCGAGCUGGAGGGUUAUCGCCUGCGCCUGGGCACCUACCAGGGUAACGCCGGAGACUCGCUGGCCAGCCACAAUGGCAAACCCUUCACCACUCUGGACCGGGACAAGGACUCUUUCACAGCAGGCAACUGUGCUCACUUCCACAAAGGCGGCUGGUGGUACAACGCGUGCGGGCAGACUAAUUUAAACGGCGUGUGGUAUCCCGGGGGUGUUUACCGCAGCAAGUUCCAAGAUGGGAUCUUCUGGGCUGAUUAUGGAGGAGGCUUCUACUCGCUCAAGUCUGUGCGCAUGAUGAUUCGCCUGAUCGACUGAUCGAGAUUCAUCCCUUUCACUAUAACGUGUCUAUUCAGUAGUAUUUAUAAUCAAUUUUUAUCCUUAACAAGGACCGCACACUUAUAAGAACUUGUAGUGCCCAUAAUUAUGACGAUUUCUACACAAAGCAGGUGUAAAGACUGAGACCAUACUGUGUCUGAGACACAGAGGGGUUGGAAAAGGUCUCGCUGCAGAAUGACAUCGCCUCAAGCUCCUCCUGAUUCAAUCCCAUUCCGGUUUGGUCUUUUUUUACAGACUGAGUUUUCACAUUUUAGUCCCUUUGACAAAAAUAGCUUAAAAUAAAACAAAAAACAAAAAAACUAAAAAACAAAACAUACUACUCAAUUUUUUUGUAUACACAACAAGGACUGGUAACAAUCUGGGCUGAGAGCUCAGUCAGCUUUGAUGUGUAUUGGUCUGUAAAUAUCCUUUAGGUUUAUUUGCGUCAUUUUUUUUUCUCUCUUUUUUUUGUUAAGAGUUCAGUUAAGAACUCGGGACCAGAACUGGCCUUUUAUCCACGUUUGUUAUUUAUCAGUAGUUAUUUAUAAUAGUUACGGUAUUUGUUAUUUAUGCCUGUUUAUGAUGUACGUUGUGCUUCUUCCAUCCGCACAUUCAUCUGUGUGUGUGUGUGCGUGUGUCGACUGUGCCUCAGUACAAAUUGUGUAUAUACAUAAAAUCAUAGCGGAUUCAAAUAAAGUUGUACAGCACUGACAGACAAA